UUUUUUAACAAGAUUUUGUGUCUUCCUUCUUUGCUUCCCCGUCGCUGUUCAUUGAUUUCGCUACUUAUAGUGAGUUUGUAAAUCUCCACAGAUGUUUCUGUAUGUUCUCUUUUGCUGUGUCGGGGUCGCGCACUGUUACGGUAACGGACUUGUCAGCGCAGCGUGUGACUCUAUGACGCCUGUUCACGAGGGUUACAGCGCUCAGAGCACCCCUGCUCCGUUCAGCAUCACUACCGACAAAACCACCUUUAAAGAGGGAGAUCAAAUCACAGUAUCGUUAAGCAGCCAAUCAGGAGAUAAGUUUGAAGGGUUUAUGUUACAAGCACGACGAGUUGGUUCUUCUACUCCCAUCGGCACUUUUACUGUGACAAGUAAUGCGCAGCUCCUUUCCUGCAAUGGAGUUGCUAAUAGAGCAGUCUCUCACACAUCAGACGAUAAAAAAAGUUCUAUUCAGGCUAAAUGGACAGCCCCUACAUCUGGACAGCUUGGCGAUAUAGAAUUCAGAGCCACAUUUGCAAAAGGUUUUUCUACUUUUUGGGUUGGUGUCAAGAGUUCUGUGGCAUAUAAUGGUACAGGAACUUCUUCUGCAACCCCUAAUACUCCAACUGUUUCAUCAAAUCCUGAUUGUGGGAAAACCAAAGUCUGCUUCACUCAGCCCAGCAACUGUGACCCAGCUGCCAACACAGGCUGUUACUUCAUGGCAGUUCAGACAACAUCUACCCAAUCAGAAAUGAGGAUUGAAAUGUUUGGCCAGGCCAGUGGAUAUCUCGCCAUUGGGUUUUCAGAUGACCGGGAAAUGGGCAAUGAUGACAUCUACAUCUGUGGUAAAGACAGCAGCGGCAACCUCCAAGUGCAACAUGCUUUUUCUACAGGAAAAACAGCUCCAACUAUUCUCUCACUGGUGAAUGUGACUGAUAUCAAAACAGCGUUGACGAAUGGAAAUAUAAAUUGUUCUUUUACUUCUCGUAAUGCUAUUAGCACGGGAAGUAGAGCAACGUCAGCUAGCGAGUACCACCUCAUGAUUGCUGCCGGACCCUCCGCCAGUCAAGGUAACAUCCAGAUCCACACAAGUCGAUAUGUCAGUAGUACAAAGGCUAAUUUACAGGUUCCAAGCCAGGUCAUUACAGAUGCUGAAGAAUUCCCAGCGAUUCUUAAAGCCCACGGCUGCCUUAUGUUAAUCUCCUGGAUGACCACGAGCAGUAUAGGGAUGCUCAUAGCACGCUAUUUAAAGGGAGUUGCCAAGGACCACGGUUGCUGUGGUAAAGAUUUUUGGUUUAUGGCCCACGUGUUUCUGAUGGUGCUGUCAGUCAUUGCCACGGCUAUUGCAUUCAUCCUGGUGUUUGCUUAUGAAAAGGAUUGGAGUGGGGGGGCUCAUCCUGUCCUGGGCUGUUUGGUGAUGAUCCUCAGUCUUAUUCAGCCCAUAGUUGCUGCUUUCCGAUGUGAGCCGCAACAUGAACAGAGAUUUGUUUUCAGCUGGGCCCAUUCCUUCAUUGCUUUAGCUAUCAAAGGCCUCGCAGUUGCUGCAAUUUUCACCGGUCUGGCACUGUUUGAAGAAUAUGUUGAGGAUGGAUGGAUGUUGAAAGUUAUGGGAGGUUUUGUUACCUGGGAGGCUCUGAUGUAUAUUCUUCAAGAUCUUAACUUGCGCGCCAAGAAAAAAGAUUCUGAGAUUUGCAGUUUCGGAUCGACGAAACCUGAAACAAUCCUGCUUAUCCUGUUCAUUUUGGGAAACCUGCCCUUCUUGAUAGCACUUCUUGUUGGAAUCGGCAGGACUUAAAUAACCCCAACAUUCUCUGGCCUUCCUCACUGAUUUUAGGUUCACUUUGUGGCUCUUUUGUUGUAUGAGUUUGUAUAUAGGUAUCUGUCCAAAAGUGUUAGUGUUCAUUUAGGAAUUCAGAUAAGCUCACCAUAAUUUCUCUUUUUUUUGUUCUUUUUAGUAAAUAUGCCAUUUCUUAUUAUUAAAAAUUCAUCACUGUGUCUUUGAGUGAGGCACAUUAACAGAUUACUGUACUGUAAAUUGCUCAUUACCUUGGAAGAACAGUAGUGAAAUUAUCUUGGGAUUUAAUCAAAGAGGCCAUUUAUUUUCUUUUAUUUUAAUACUUGAAAAAUGUUGAUUAAAACAUUUAUGGAAUAUAUUUAACAUUUUAAUACAUAUUUUUAUAUAAUUUUAGAUGUAUAUUAUUAACACAUUAUAUUAUGAUUGUUACUUAAGUGUACAAGACAACAGCACUCGACCACCAGAUGGCAGUGUCAUUAAAGGUAUUUGUAUGCAA